GAGCUGUAGGUCAGAUGGGGAGUAGAGUAUUAAUACACAGCCAAGAAAUCACGUGGAUCGUCGAAUGUUUCGCAAUUGGCUUCGAUUUGUUGCGUCUUGUGACGGUGCAUUCUUGCAGGCCAUCGCCCAUACUUUUAUACGGCUAGCGGGCUACUUGGCAAUUCUUCGUCUGUUCAUUACUCUGCUAAAUCUAGCCUAAUGUCCAGACAGCACCUCAAGAUGGUGAUCUUUGGUCAAGGUGCUGCUUACGCCGCUUGCACCGCCGGAUAAACCUGACCUGGAGUCGAAAAUGAACUGGGGGUCCUUUUAUGCUGUGAUCAGCGGCGUAAACAGGCAUUCCACCGGCAUUGGACGUAUUUGGAUUUCUGUCAUCUUCAUUUUCCGCAUUCUGGUCCUGGUGGUUGCGGCCGAGAGCGUUUGGGGAGAUGAGAAGUCCCAAUUCACCUGCAACACACAACAGCCUGGAUGUAACAGUGUUUGCUAUGACCAGUUCUUCCCUGUCUCUCACAUCCGGCUGUGGGCACUACAGCUCAUCCUCGUAUCCACCCCCGCCCUGCUGGUAGCUAUGCACGUGGCCCAUCGCCACCACAUCGAGAAGAAGCUCCUGAAGAGGACAGGUCGCAGUACCCCCAAGGAGCUGGAACACAUCAAGAACCAGAAGUUCCAGAUAACUGGAGCUCUGUGGUGGACAUACAUGAUUAGUAUUGUCUUCAGAAUCAUCUUCGAGUUGGCAUUUCUCUACAUCUUCCACUUGAUCUACCCUAACUUUAAGAUGGUGCGUUUAGUGAAGUGUGACUCAUACCCAUGUCCCAACACAGUGGACUGUUUUGUCUCCAGACCCACAGAGAAGACUAUAUUCAUCGCGUUUAUGCUGGCAGUGUCCGGGGUUUGUGUCCUCCUGAACCUGGCUGAGGUGAUAUACCUCAUAAGUCGGGCCUGCACGCGGUACUUCCAUGGUUCUGACGAAGAAUCCAAAGUGGCUUGGAUAAGUCAAAAGUUGUCUUCCUAUAAGCAAAAUGAGAUCAAUCAGCUGAUUGCAGACCAUGCUCUUAAAUCUAGGCUCGCUGUGAGUAAAAAAAGUACAACUGAGAGAGGAAAUAGGUGUUCUGCUUUCUGACUGCCUUGUGCGUAUCUAACUAAUCAACAGUCAUGUUGCGCUGUAUUAUUGACACAUAUGCUUGAUCAGUUCCAGUUGACUUACUUUGAAAUUUUGUGUCUUUCAGUCAGUUUCUCACUGAUUCUUGUGUUUUUGUCCGUUUUUACUGAUGAAGUUUAAUUGUUGUUGGAACUGGUUUAAAUUAUUUAGAGCUGGUAGGAAGAUGAGAAGGUUAAAGCAUUGUACAGAUUUUUCAUAUUACAGUUCACGUGCUUAGUAGAUGUAUGUUUUUAUUUGUAAUUUUUUUUUAGGCGGUAAGGUUUUUGUUCAUUUGAUAUGACCAGUGAUUUCUUCACUUCAUUAUUGCGAAGUUACAAGAAUAUUUAAAAUUGCAA